AUGGGUCGGCGCAACCACGGGCGAAGCGCAACCGCUACAUUUCGAUUGCAUGGUAGGAUAUGCGCACUUGCUGCAGUCUGCAAAGCAGCACGGGGGCUAAAGCAGAAUAGCAACGAAUGCAAGCGCCGCAAGAUCAAAUGCAACGGGCAGACACCCUGCCAGCGGUGCGGCAACCUCAAUCUCGAAUGCCAAUAUGCGCCCAACUGCUGCAACAACUUCAAGGAGUCCGAUGAGUUCAAGCAGAUGUCAGCGCAUCUUACCGCGCUCCAGCAGCAAGUCGACGACCUCUACAACAAUCUCUCCAGCCUCCGAACCCAGGUCGACGUGCAAAGCCACACCAACGGCUCGAUUGGCACCCCUUUCAAUGGCGGCGACUACCAGCCAACGCCGAUGCUUCCUCCGUCAGCGCGAUCGCGGACCAAGUCGCUCAGCAAGUUCCCUCGCUUCCAUGGCCCGACGUCGAGCGCGUUCAAUCUUGGGGUGGCCAGGUCGAGCCUGAAGACCAUGGGCAUAACUGCGCACGACGAGACUGAAGACGAAGGGGUCAUUACACACGACGUAACUCCAAGGGCCUCUCCGCCUGGGUCUGCUUCCCGGUUAUUGAGAGCCCCCCUACAUGCUGACAAGGAUCCAAUCUGGAAUCUGUCCAAACACGAAGCACUGCGCUUGGUACACGUGUGGCAUGAUGAGAUGGGCGUCAUGUACCCCAUACUGGAAAUCGAUAAAGUGCUGCAUUACACCGAGAUGCUGUACACGUUUGUCGAAGCUGCUGCUCGGCAUGGGCUUAUGCAGGGCGCUGCGCCCGGUUCUGAUGCCAUCAUGGACGAACAGACUAGCAUAAUGAAGCUCAUACUGGCCAUAACCUUGGUCUUGGAGGGAGGCGGGAAAGAUGUCCUGGGAGAGAAGCUCUUUGACAAUGUGCACAAGGUUGUGGAGCGGACGUUGUCUGAACCUGUUGGUCUCCAUGGCAUCAAUCUCCUGGCUUUGACUCUUGGAGGGUCAUUGGGCUGGCUGCGCGCCACUGUUUGGAACUGGGGUUACAUCGUCGUGAGACGUAUGCGACGCUCUUUGCAGACCCAGACGAGCAAGCUGCGGCGAUACGAACAUUUUGGUGCAUUUACGUCCUUGACCGACGGUGGAGCUUUGGGACUGGUAUGCCGUUUGCUCUGCAGGAUGCAGACAUCGAUCCCAACCUGCCAAAGCCGCAUCAUCGGUUCCAAGGUCUGGAAGUCGGUAGCCGAUGUGGCAUCUCAAGAGAAAAUCAACAAAGAAGACAUCUCGUUUCUCGACUUCCAGGUUCUGAAUUGGCAUCGAUCGAUACCAGAGACUUUGAAGUUUAUACAUCCAGAAAGCGGUAGACACCACAGACCCACCAGUUGCGAAGGAACACCAUUCGACAUAUUGACCUACAUCAACCAGACAUCAGACAUCUACCGAUCUCAGCAGACCAUGUUCAACUACUUCCUGAUCUCGGCAUUAGCCGUCCUGUUCCUCGCUGUUGCGCACGCACCAGCUGAGUUCAGCCAGCCUUCUCGCGACGAGUUCUACAUGGCGCUCGAGCUUCGCUUGUGGAAGACAAUCAAAACACUCAAGGAAGUCGGGCCAAGACUUGGUCUCAUGAUCCACCACGACGAGACUUCGGACGCUCAUUCGUCGGCGGCCGUUGCAAUGGCAGGUUUGGCGGGCCAUCAGGUCGAUGAGAUGGCGCUCUUCUCGAAUGGCCGCAAUGGUAACAAGCUCGACACGCCACAUGGCAUGGCGAGUGAUCUCACGACGCUAUUCGAGGCUGCAGGAGGAGCUUUCAAUCUAAGUGGAUUUGGAGCCUCCUCAUCCGAGAUGCCGCCGAAUGGAGAGUUUGCGCAUGCUUUUGGGCAGGAGAAUGAUGAAUUGGCGAGGAUCAUGCGGGAUUUGUUCUGA